AAUGUGAAGUUUAUUUUGAACCUGUGUGGAUUUUGUAUCACCGGGAGAUGGUCGUAACUUUUUGUAAUUUAAAAUAUCGGCUUUGAGGGUUUCGGUGGAAUCUGUCUUACCAUGAUGCCAGGGGACAGUCAGUCCAAAACGGCCGCAGUCGCCGCGGACGCGACGGUUGGAAACUGUCAAAACUGCUCUGUUUUGAACCAGAGCCUGACAGAAUAUGUGUCGUCAUUUCUGGCGCUGAAACAGAAGAUCACGGUUGCUGAUGACACGAUCAGGCUUCAACAACAGCUGCAUGAGCUGCAGAUCAGACGGGCUACUUUGGAGAAGAAGACAGCAGAUUAUGAAUCUGUGCAAGCAGAACUGGAGGAAAAGAAGGAUGCGCUCAAAGCCUAUGGAUCAAUGUCUGAAGAGAUGGAAGCGCUGAAGCAGCAAAACACCAAGAUGACAGCUGAAAAUAAGAAACUUGAAGACCAGCUAAAGGACUUGAAAGAACUGAUAGAAACACAGUCACUUGAAAAUGCUCAGCUGAAGAGGGAAAAGGCUGCGGUAGAAAAUGAUUUGCUGAAGACCCAGACACUUCUGAAGACGUCUGAGGCACAAGCAGAUCAAGUUGAAAAACUGAUUGAGGAGAAUGCCAAGACAACAAGCAGAAAGAACAAGCUUGAAAAUAACAUUAGACUGCUUGAAGACUCAGUUUGCGAUCAAAAACAUCAAAUAUCCCAGCUGACCAAAGAGAAAACCCUGCUGGAGAGAAAUAUUGAUGACCUCCAGGUGAGACUGCUGAAACUGGAAAGAGAAAGGAGUAAAGAAUAUAGAAGCGCAUCAGCUCAAGCUAAUGCACCUGAGGAACCUAAAGUUGACAAAGAGAGGUUCCAGAUGUUGCUACAGAAUUUGUGGGCGUGUGUUGAACCUCAGCAGCAGCUCCCUGCAAACCUGUUGCACUUACCUGUUAUUUCAGAGUGCAGGUCCAAGCAAGUUCCACCCUCUUCCCCACAAAACAGAUUGCAAUCUCAUCUGAGUAAUGCAUCAAGGUCUGCUUCUCACAAGAUCAUUGAAUCCCACAGUUGCCCCAUGCAGUGGAAGGACACUGUGACACAGAUAAAACCCUCCCCUCACAAGCAGAAAGCCAUCGAGCAGCCAGCAUCUCUGCAGUCGACAAGUGCCAAGAAGCAAACGGACACUCCCAAAAAGAGCAAGCGAUUGUACAAGGAACGCAAAACUAAGGAGUCAUCUCCUGACUCGGGCAGCUCCGAAAUAUCUGUUGGGGAGAUAAUGGCAAUGUUCAAACCACUGCUUCCCUGCAUUUCACCACUACCAGAUUUGACGAGAAUUAAGGACACAGAGAUGGAAUCUAUGGAGACAUAUGAUGAAGAAAAGGAAACCCAUCCCCAAAUCGCCAAUGACCCGGUUUCUCAUCAACAAGAACAGUCCUUACUCAUUACAACAUCAGUAACAAGUAACGGUCCACAAUCUUAUGCACAACCAACAGAGGAGACAGUGAACUUGCUAUCAGUCACAACACAGGAAGUACAACACAUUUCAUUUGAAAAUGACUCCAAAGAAUUGGGACAAAAUAAGUUGAGUAGCCCUACUGAAGUGAAGGGCAAAAGCAGCACAGAUGGUGAGGAAAUGCCUCUUCAAAAAGACAUGCAGACUUCGCUGGAGCCAGCGACUGUUUCUUUAGUAUCGGCAUCAUCCUCUUCUUCCACAUCAGACAUAACACUGAUGGUAGAGGUUGUCUCAUUAACUACAGAAAGUCAAGACCAAUCCUGUAGUGCAAAUUCCAAAAGCAGUGAUACCAAAAGCAUCUCUGAAAGUGAAAAUGCUUUAGGAAAGGCAAAGGAAGAUCAGUCAGAGACUAUUACAAAGAUGGAUAUAGACAGAAGUCCAAGUGAUGUUAUUCCUGGUGGUGGAGAGUCACCCAGAAGAAGUGAUACAACUGUAAUCUGUGAAGAAAAAGGAGAUGCAAAGUCAGGUACUUCCUCAACAUUGAUUGACUCUGUGCAAGACGCUGAGGGUACAAAUAAAGAAAAUGGUUCAGAAAUGGGAAAAAGUCAUCAGGACUGUUUUGGCAAGGACACAGACAUGCCAGACGAUAACCCUUGUCUGUCAAGCAGCAGUGACAGCAUCAGUAAUGCCUCCAAUUCAAAUGCUAAAGAAAAGCUUGAAAGUGAUGCAUCCAUUAAACCUCAUGGGAGGGAAAAUGGAAAUGAAGCGCAAGGAUCUGGAGGAGUUCAUGUAACGACUUCUAGCUCAGAGUCAAAUGGUGAUAGUCAUCCACAGUCUCCUCACAAGUCUUCACUGCUGAAGAUAGAAGAUGAAGAGUCCCAUGCUGAGCAGGAAUCUGGUAAAGCAAAUGUUGAAACUCCAUCAAAAUUGGAUGUGGACAUGGAGACAAUGAAGAGUGAAACACUAGUAGAUCCUGGCCCUUCCCUGUCUGACUCCCAACAGACUGUUAACUGUGAAUCUGUUAAAGGAAAUAUGCAUUCUGUGUGCAGGCAGUUGAGUCCUUCAUGUGUGUUACCCAAUGUGGCAUUGCAGGCUUUGGAAACGUAUCAAAGCUCAGACAAAUUAAACAACUCUGAAUACAUUUCAGCAAGCAAAAAAACCCCACAGUUUGUCUCUAAUUUAAAAGAAGAAGCUGUCAUAGAAAAGGCCAUUGUCAAAGAGUUGCCUCGGGACAGCACAGACACAAGUAACCAUAAAAAGAACAAUUAUAACUUGCGCUCUGUUAGAGCUACUAUCUCAUUAAACAGUGCUGCUGCCACAAAUGGACAAAAAGAAUGUUUGGAGUCAAAAUGUACAAAGAUGCUUGAAAAACAAAGCCCACAUGUGAUCAGAGAGGAAGAUCCCACUCCAGUGGAAGUUUCAACUGCAGCUCAACCAUUAGAAUACAUAGGCCAGGUUCGCUCUGAACUGGGCCCUCCACUUCCUCGUCUUCUAACGCCAGUGAUCACACCUCCGAAAGCAGGCAAAUCAAUCAAUCCAAGGCAAGCUAUUGGGAAGCUCUCAUUUCCCUCUCCCAUGGACAGAUUGGCUUCGCCUACCACUCCUGUCAAGGUCCAUUUGACACCCAACAGCCAGCAGCUGUGUUCCUCAUCUCUAAACAGUCCACUUCCUCCAAACGGAGUCCCCUCAUCACCACUUCAGUUCGGAUCCGCCACUCCAAAACAUGCCUUGCCUGUCCCAGGUCGCCUGCCCUUUACGGCGGUGCACUCUUCUCCGUCGUCUUCCUCCAGUCCAUCUCAAGAAAACUCCAUGAGAAUGCUUGACACCAUGUACCCAGAGCUCUCUGCCCAUGCCCGAACUCUGAGCAUCCUCAGAGGGAAUGUCGGUCUCGGUAUUUGUUCUUCUGAGAGUGGAACAGUAACUUCAGCAACUGACAGUCAGAUGUCUUGCUUUAAAAGUGUUAACUCUACUUCAACAGCCUUCACCAAGACUGAGAUGAGAGGAGGGAAAAGACAGGCCAUCAGUUUGCCUCAACCCAAAAGCAGCAAAUGUCUCAGGCUAGAUGACGACUCUCCUGCUGUCAGUCGCAGGCAGGCGCCUUCCUCCUCCUCCAACAGUGGAGAGGAGACCACUACACCCAAGACUUUGAGGCCCAAACUGCUAAAAAAUGAAACAACCCCUCCAUCCAUGGAAUUUGGAGAACCUGCAGAGCAAAAUAUUAUAAAUAACUUUUUAAAGAAGAUUGAAAGCCAGUGUUUUGAUCUAUUGCCUGUGAUCCAGAGCCACCUGUUUGUGGGUAACCUGCCCAAAAAGCCUGUCUUGAGAGAUGUGGAAAAGGAGGUUAUCUCUGAGAUUUGCCAAAGCGGUUUGCUUAAGGCAGAUGAUAUGAUUUUGGCCAUCCUGAACAAGCUGAAAACAGAGAAAAGAGAUCUCAGCAGUAACUACAUGCAGGCCCUCUGCAGAGUCCACACAGGGAUCUGUAGACAGAAGAGAGACUGGGAGAAGGUGCACAUCCUGGCCCACAGCCUACUCACAGAAGAUUUUCCAGAUUCUGCUAAGCUGAUUUUGUUUAUGGUGACAACAUGGCCCAAUGUUCUCUCACACAGUGGUUCUCUGUGCCAGGCAAUACAUACUGUCACCAAACUGACAGCACCAGAGAACCUCCUCAGCUGCCUCUCAGCAUUUCUUGGUUGGGAGAAGAAUCCUCCUUGUGACAUUGACACGCUGAUCUCCAGAACACUGUCUGACAUUCGCUCAGGGUCAAGCCUGUCUUUCACUGAACACAGUCAGUAUGGGCAUGACCUGGGGACUGAGGCCUGGGAGCUUGUCUCAGCACUGCAAGUCCUUUGUAAACACAAGAAGUGGAAGUGGACCUAUGAUCAUGUCUUGGGCACGGAGCUGUGGCCACUCAUGAACACCUGGGUGUCACAGCCCAGAGAUCAACAAAGACUCAUCUCUGAUGUGACUGUCGCCACUGUACUCCGACUCAUUGGACGCCUCGGUCAACUGGGAAUCAAAGAGAGGUGCAUUUCCUCUGUGGUAACUGUAGCCAACGUCAUCAACACAUUUGGUAUGCAUGGACAGACUGAAGGUUUGCCAUGGGAGGUCCAGUUAGCAGCCGGCUAUUGCAUCUAUGACCUGUCUCCCUGCAACCCCAAGCCAGCCAUGAAUGCCCUGGCAGCAUGGAGAGGAGAAAUAUCUCAGAGUGUCCCUCCUGCUGUCACUAGCUGCAUUAACCAGUUAGCAUCUGUCUGCAGACAGGUCACGAGCUAAUAGAGACGCACAUACUUUACAAAUCCACAUAAGCAUGCGUGUCAGUCUGUACUUAUUUUAAAGACGGGGUAAAAUAAAAUACAGUAAUGCACCUCAAAGCUCAUUUUAACUUGCUGGCUGACAGCCUGUGAUAGAGCUGUUUACCAUUUGGGCACAUGACCAGUCACAAACGGGGUUCAUUCUCUUCCUAACACAGAAUAUCUGGAGGUUUUUGCAAAUCUUGAAUUUAAAUGCACUGUCAAUUAAGAGUCAAACAUUUUAGUUGUUGUUUAGUUGUUUUUUUAUGUGCACUUCUACUUUAAAAUGAAUAUAUCAUUUAAAUGUACUCUGAUUUUGUAGCAAAUGAUUCCUCAGUUUUUAUUGUUGGGGUCAUGUAAAAUGGUUUGCUAAAAUUUUAGACUGUCCACGGCCUGUAAUAAAUGCAUAAACCCCUGCCUUUUUUGUUUUCUGUACUCAGGGAAUGUUCUUAAAUAUUGUAAAAUAUGUACAUGUGUUCAACUGUGGCACUGCUGCAAGUGUUUCUUCAUACUAGUGUUUGUAAAUAUGAGGUAUCUAUGUUUGUAUUGAAUGAAAAAUAACAUUGCCACAGUAUAUGUUUUGUACAGUUUAAAGUUCCAGAGGUUAUUUAACUUUUUCAAAUUAAAGUUUCUACAUAUUGAACUAAA